GCUGUUACGAAAGUACUGAAAAAACAUAACUGCCCUUUAACUGCCACAGUUGUAAGUGAUAUUGUCCAAGCAGUCUCAGAGAGUAACGUUUUGCACAAAUCAAUUACAUCUGAUGCUCCAUUGUCAACUGCUAAGAAGAGGAAGUCAUAUUAUGAAAACAAGUUUCCACUUGUUAAGCCUGUGGAGUACCUUAUUGAGUCUUUACAGCAUACAUGUAUGUAUGUGCCCAUUCUCUCAUCUCUGCAGGAGUUGCUGAUAAAAGCAGAUGUAUAGGAGAAAGUCCAAGAAGCUACCACACAACAGACUGAUUAAAUGAAUGCAGUCCGUGAAUGCAGGAAAGCGCAGCCGCAGCAACCCGGAGGGGACACCAUCCCGGGCCAGCAUUAAACGACCCAGAAGAGGGGAAAUCCAGUUCCUCCCUAACUAUCCCUGUGGUGAGAACAAGGACACACUGGAGACCAGAAGGAUGGAGAUCCUGGAGGAAUUCAAAAAGAUGCCAGCUAACAGAGACAUGGUUCUCGUCCAUCAGCACAUGCAGCGCACCUUUCCACUCCGCCGUGAAGAGAUUGUGACCUUAGCUCCUCCCAUCGCAGAAUUGAAAGACAGAUGGCCUGCCCUCUUCUCUGAAGCUCAACUCUAUGGCGAAUUCCAUAGGAUCAUAAAUCAAAGCCUUCAAUAUUCCUUCUUCGCUGCGCUCGAUAAAAACACUGCAAAGCUGCUCAAACUCUACAAAGAGAGGAAGACUGGAGCUUUUGGUGAGAAGAUGGCAGAUCUGCUGAUGGCAUAUGAGGAGCAGGACAAGAAUGACAUCAGUGCAACUAGAACAGCAGCACUGGCAGGGCUGCCACUGUACCUCAAAGAAGACUCAUCAGUUGCAAGGAGGAGGAAUUCGAAGCAUUCCAGGAGGGUGAAGUGGAGCUGUUGGCCGUGGUGGCUGAAGAGGACACGGCUGCAGGGAUUCCCUUUCAACCUCUCCAUGUCUCAGUCAUCCUGGAGGGUCAGGUGGUUAUGACUCUCAGAUCUUGGACUGAUGCACUGGUGGUGUUGUUCAGCUUGGUUUAUGCUCUCAAUUUGAGCUAUGCGGCGCAGCUGAGUGGCUUUUUUGACUUUAUUCAGGUUGUCCUAUUAAAUCUAGACGAUACAAGAAAGCAGCUCAAACCUAAGUUGCAGGCCUUAAAAAAUCAUCUGGUGUAAACAGGGGACGUCCUGCACCAAUACUUCCAGCAGUCAUGGUUUAAAAUUGCUUGUUGUUGGCUGCUGAGAUUAGUUAUGUCCCAUCCUGUUCCAGAGGAAAUGAAAGAGCGCACCUAGUUAAAUUAGGUAGCAUAGUUAGUUAAGUUAAGAUAGUUCUUAAAUAUUGAAUCGGGUCAAAAUGACCCGAAGGCAACACAAGGGUUAAGCAAGCCCAACAUUGUGUUAAUAGAGGGGCAUGGAUAGGAGACAGGAAUGGAGAGGAGACAGGAAUUAAGAGAAAAUAAUUAUAAAUAAAUGAUAAUAUGUUUGUUUUUUUUACGUUUCAACGUUUCAGUUUGUUGUGAGCAAAAUGUAUUUGUUCAGUGAUUUCAUUUUUUGUAAAGAUUGUAUUUUUUGUAAUGAUUGCAUUUUUUUAAAUUUCAUAAUGUUUAAUAAUGGCACAAUGUGUAAUGUUGUGGUCAAAGAAUCAUAUUUGUUCAAAUAAAUGUAUUGUAUCUAACAGAGUAUUUGAAUUGAGUUAAUGCAACUUUAAAGGUUCAAGGCAAUCGGUUUCCUUCAAUGAAU